AUCGGCGAAAGAAAAGCCCGGAUGAUGCAGGUUUGGCGCAGGGAAUGCUGGGAGUCGCAAUCGGAAAAGGUCUCUUUCUGGUCCGCAAAAUGCGGAGGCUUCGGCCUGGGCCUCCCCUGCGGGGAAGGGGACGCAGCCGUGACCCGCCUCUUUCUCUCCCCUGCAGGAGGACGGAGGAGCCCGGCGGGGGAAGGAAGGAAGCGCCGCCCAAGAGGAGGAGGAGGAGAGCGGGCCCCGCAGAGCAGCCCUGCCCGAUCCCGGCGCGGCUUCCCCGGGAGACGGCGGGGAAAGGCCGGGGGGCUCCGGGGCUGCCGGAGGGAUGAGCCCAGGGGGAGCCCGGGAAAGGCGGCUGCCUGGAGGGCGAUGCGGGGAGGAGGAAAUGACCCUGAGACGGUCCUGGAAGGCGGAGGCUCCUUCGGAAGACCUGGGAGGCCGCAAAGAAUGCAGGAGGGAGGAAAGGAACAUCAGUGCCCGGAAUGUGGAAAAUCCUUCAAGAGCAAUCACCAUCUUCAGAGCCAUCUUAGGAUCCACACAGGAGGAAAGCCUCAUAAAUGCCUGGAGUGUGGAAAGAGCUUCAGUUGGAGCAGCAACCUUUAUGUACAUCAAAGAAUCCAUACAGGAGAAAAACCGUAUAAAUGCUCAGAAUGUGAAAAAUGCUUCAAAAGAAAUCAGCAUCUUCAAAGCCAUCUAAGGAUCCACUCAGGAGAAAAACCACAUAAAUGCCUGGAGUGUGGAAAGAGCUUCAGUCAUUCUGGAAAUCUUUAUAGACAUCAAACGGUCCAUUGGGAAGAGAAACUGAAGAAAUGCGUGGAGGGAGGAAAAGAAUAUCAGUGCGCAGAAUGUGAGAAAACCUUCAAAAGAAAUAUAGAUCUUCAGAAUCAUCGAAGGAUCCACUCAAGAGAGAAUAAAUAUCAAUGUCCAGAAUGUGAAAAAUGCUUCAAAAUAAAUGGAUAUUUUGAAAACCAUCUAAAAAGCCACUCAGUUGGAAACCCACAUAAAUGCUUUGAGUGUGGAAAGAACUUCAGUCAGAAAGGAGAGCUUAAUCAACAUCAAAGGAUUCACUCAGGAGAAAAACCUCAUAAAUGCCUGGAGUGUGGAAAGAACUUUCGUCAUAGGAGCACCCUCUAUAAACAUCAAAGGAUCCACUUGGGAGAGAAGCCAAAUAAAUGGCUGGAAGGUGGCGGGUCCUUUGGAAGACCCUGGAAUCCUCAAAGAAUCCAGGAGGAUGGAAAGGAAUAUCAGUGCCCGGAAUGUGGAAAAUCCUUCAAAAGAAACUACCAUCUUCAGAGCCAUCUUAGGAUCCACACAGGAGAAAAGCCUCAUAAAUGCCUGGAGUGUGGAAAGAGCUUCAGUUGGAGCAGCAACCUUUAUGUACAUCAAAGGAUCCACACGGGAGAAAAACCGUAUAAAUGCCUGGACUGUGGAAAGAGCUUCAGUCAGAGGAGCAGCCUUUAUGUACAUCAAAGGAUCCAUUCAGGAAAGAAACCAUAUAAAUGUUGAAAGAGUUUCUCGGAUUACUGGAUUACUGCAAUGCUCUCUACAUGGGGCUCCCCUUGAAGGGCAUCCGGAGGCUUCAGUUAGUUCAGAAUGCGGCUGCGCGGGUGAUAGAGGGAGCCCCUCGUGGCUCCCGUGUGACACCUAUCCUGCGCAGACUGCACUGGCUACCUGUGGCCUUCCGGGUGCGCUUCAAGGUUUUGGUAACCACCUUUAAAGCGCUCCAUGGCAUAGGGCCGGGUUACUUACGGGACCGCCUACUGCUACCGAAUACCUCUCACCGACCCGUGUGCUCUCACAGAGAGGGACUCCUCAGGGUGCCGUCAGCUAGGCAGUGUCGUCUGGCGACACCCGGGGAAGGGCCUUCUCUGUGGGGGCUCCCACCCUCUGGAACGAACUCCCCCCAGGACUUCGUCAACUUCCAGACCUCCGAACCUUCCGUCGCGAGCUUAAAACACAUUUAUUCAUCUGCGCAGGACUGGAUUAGAUUUUAAAUUUAUAUUGGUUUUAAAUGGGUUUUAUUAUUUAUAUUGCUUUUUAAUAAUUCGGCCUUGUAGAAUAAGUUUUUUAACUGUUAUUUUAGUCUGUAUUUAUAUGUUUUUUACUUGCCUGUGAACCGCCCUGUGUCCCCUGGGAGAUAGGGCGGUAUAUAAAUGUGAUUAAUAAAUAAAUAAAUAAAUCUGAGAAUAGACGCUGAGAGCAGGGAGAGGCGCUGUCCAGAUGCACUGCAUAGACCGUGAGAAAGCCAUUAGUUGGGCCAGAGUUGGUGGUUGGCCUUGGGAGGCUCAUCUUCACAUAUCUCAACUUGCCUGCAGGUUGAACAGCGCAUCAGGCUCUCCUGCUUUUCCUGCGGACCUCUGCAGGUGUUGCCGCAGGAAGUUGAACCUCCACCAAUUCUCAAGUGCCUCCGGAUCACCUGCCUUCAUCCCCACCUCUGCUUCCGCCUGCUGCUUAUAGAGGGAAUCGACUCACAUGGGCUGCCCGCUUAGUAUUAUCUGCAAAUUUGAUGAGUCCUCCUAUUCCCUCAUUUAAGUCAUGAAGAUAUUGAAGGUUACUGGGCCUAAGACGGAACCUUCUGGUACCCCCCUGCUUCCUUCCCUCCCUCCAUGUAGAUGUUUUACCAUUAAGGACCAGCCGUUGAGUGCAGUUUGUCAGCCAGUUACAAAUCAAUCCAUCCAACUCAGUCAUGAGUUUCAUCCCACCACAAUUCAGUAAUAGCAACUAUAUGAUAUGUACUUUCUUGUAUUAGUAUUUCAACUUCACCCUGUCUAUGGAGCGUUUGUAGAUAGGCAUUUGAGUCCUUUAUGGGUGUUGGGUUUAUCUCCUACUUUGUAUCUGGGCUAGGAAGCCAAAUUUCUCUUGACAACAGCAAUUUUUAAGCCAGUGGUUCGUUUCUAAAAUCUCUAGGGGAAGAAAAGACGAGUAAUCCGUGGGGUUCUUUUAGUACAUUUCUCAGUUACAUCUUUGAUUUUUGCUCCAGAGGGACAACAUACUUUCUAAGAUUGACUGUUCUGUGUGCAGACUAUAGUUUCUGUUCCCCAAAGAACUGAAUCUCCUAUCACCAACAUUUGCCUUUCCCCCCCAAUGUGUUCUGACCCAGCCUUAGCAGAACCAAGAAACCAACUCCUUGUCCCAAAACCCUCCUCUUUAUUUCGCUCCUGUGAAUUAAUGGCAUUCACACACCGAAAAGUCCAGGCAAUAAUCCUUCAAAGGGUUAACUAGACCUUAUCAGUUCCUUGGGAACUGUAAAGCUGUAAAUUAAGUUCUGGCAAAUAGUCUCUGAGGCACGAACCAAGAUAAGCAAAUCUUCCGAAAGAAAUCCAAAUGGUUGUCUCCUACGACCACCCCUCCCCUUUCCUUCUCUUUAUUCCCCAGCCAGGGAGCUGCCAUUCAGCGUCCAUGUGUGCCUUUCUUUUCGAGUCGACUCCUUGUCCUCAGUUGCUCUGUCCUAACGGCUCUGCACAUAGGCACAGUCCCCAGCUGUUCUUACCCACUAACCCACUAACUCCGAAGGCAGCUGGGAAAUAUCAGACGGCCCUGGUUCUAUCUCUGCUUCCGAUGCAGAGCAUCCAUCAGAGCCUUCCCCAGAGUUCAGGAGUGGCCCAAAUUCCUCCCCAACCUCCUCAUCAUCCUAGUCUGCCGCCAGGUCCGCUGACCGGCCAUAACACAAUGCUGGAUUGUGACUCUUUUUUAAAAACUAUUAAUGAAUGCUCUUUUAUAGGAGUUUGCAUAUUUUCUUGUAAAAGUGAUAUGUUUCUGUUGGUCUUCCUCUUUACGUUCAGUUUGGAUUUCUUCUGUUUUCUUCUUUUUUUUGGUCAUGUAUUUUGAUUCUUUAAAAGAAACUAUUUGCUCUGUAGUUAAUUUUGGUGUAGUCUUUUUGUUUAGGUUGAGGAUUCCUGCUUUGUUCAUUGAGUUUCAAGAUAGAGUUGCUUCCAGACGCUUGACUUUUUCGUCUAGUAAUUCAUAGAAUUUACAUUUCAUACAUAAACAGUGUUUUGCAAGUCA